AUGACAAGUCCAUCAACAAAGCGUCUCUUAAAAGAAUCAACAGACCUCCACAAAAACCCAAGUCCCUACUUCACCGCAUCACCAAUAGACGACACCAACCUCCACGAUUGGCACUUCACUCUAACCGGACCUCCAAGCACACCUUACUCCUCAGGUCUCUACCACGGUCGAAUAACAUUUCCACCAACCUAUCCCCUCCGACCACCCAGUUUCCGUUUCCUAACACCAUCCGGACGGUUCGAGGUAAACCGCGAGAUAUGUCUCAGUAUCUCCGGACACCAUGAGGAAACGUGGCAACCUGCCUGGGGUGUUCGCACCGCGUUACUAGCUAUCCGGUCUGAGAUUAUGGGUGGCGAGAGUAAAGGGCAGGUUGGGGGGAUGGAAGGGACUGAGGCGGUUAGGGCUGAGUUUGCAAGAGAGAGUCUUGCAUGGACUUGUCGUGAGUGCGGGGUUUCUAAUGAGGGAAUCAUGAGGGAGUGGUGGGGGGUUUGUGUUGAACGGGGGGUUGAGGUGGAUGUUGAGGGAUAUCGGAAUGAGAAGGAGAAGGAGACGGAGGAACCGAGUGGAAGUGAGGAUGUCUCGCAGGCAGAGACACCACAGCCACAGUCGCAGUCGCAGUCGCAAUCACAAUCACAAUCUCAGUCAGAGACGCAGUCGCAGACACCAUUACAACCUACUGUGGAAGCUGAACCUCCGACUCCCGUAAUUCAAGCUACAGAAGUGACCCAGGUCCCACCGACACAGUCAAACGCUCUUUUGCGUGCCACAGCUACACAGGCUACGCGGACCGUUGUCGUGGAAAGUCCUACCGAGCCAGCAAACAGUCCUUGGUUAGACAGGGUGAUUGUCGUUGUUGUGCUUGCGUUGAUAUUAUUGAUGCUUCGACGGACGCUGGAUGUGGAUGAUCUAUAA